AUGUUCAACCCCCAUGCCUCCCAACAGCAACUGGCCGGCAGAAAUCUAAACCCUCAAUAUCAACCAGCAAACACCUCCAGCCACCCGAUAAACUUAGGGCAGCAAGCUCAGGCCACAUCUCGAUCCCAACAUAGAGUCUAUGUCGCUAAUAUCAAUCAUCAAAGGCCUAGUCCAGCCCCCAUUCACCCUCAAUCUCAGCAAGGCAUCUACGCAUCUGAUAUCCAUCAUCAAAGGCCUAGUCUGGCGCCCAGUCACCCUCAAUCAAACUACGUGAUGAACGAAGGACGGCCAAAUCAAAAUCCAAAUCAAUCUCAGCACAGUAUCCAUCGUCAAAGACCUAGUCAGUCCAACCACCCCAUGAACGCAGGACAGCAAGCUCAGGCCCCAACCUAUGUCGAUAGCAGCCAUCAUCAACGUCCUGGUCCGGUGGCGCAACUGAGUCGCUCUCAUGGUCUUCAACCGCUGCCGGUCAAUCCUGUGGUCCAGCCACAGUUGCAUCAUCAAACCCAUCACCCCAACUCAUUGCACCAGACUCAGCAACAUCCUGCCCCCCCACGAACGGCAUUAUUGGAAGCUCAUAAGCAACCGUCAUAG